AUGACGUGGCAACAGAGAGUCAAAAUUGCUGUUGGUGAAGCCAGGGGACUUGAGUACUUGCACGAGAAGGUGAACCCUCAGGUUAUCCACCGAGACAUCAAAUUCAGCAACGUGCUUCUCUUUGAUGAUGAUGUUGUCAAGAUUGGUGAUUUGGACCUCUCUAAAUAA